CUGAAGACCACCUAGUGGCUGUUGCCAAAAACGAAUCAGAGUUUCGCCUCUUGUUCUUCUAUACUCUUUGGCGGAGGGUGCAGCUGACAUUCGUCCAUUACUACAUUGUGUCCGUUUCAUUUUCUAUUUCCUCUUAUACGGGAAUGGAAGUCCAAAAAAAUUCCCAAACAUCUCCGUCCUCUUCAGAGGAUUUGGCAGUAAGAGGACGGGCUGUACAGUCAUCCACAGGAUAUGGUUGGGUAGCAUCAAAUGCCAUUGACAAUUCACCCUUAACCUGCACCCAUACUGACACAUCUGAUAACCCCUGGUGGAGACUGGAUCUUCUGGAUUCUUAUUACAUCUCUAGAGUCGUCAUCACUAACAGAAAAGACUGCGGUGCGGAGCGACUCAACGGAGCAGAAAUUCGUAUCGGAAACUCUUUGGAAAACAACGGCAACAAUAAUCCCAGAUUUGCUGUGCUGAAUGGUGUGGCAGCGGGUCAGUCUGUGUCUGUGUCCUGUCACAAUACAAAUGGACGAUAUGUGAACGUCAUCAUACCUGGAAGUUCAAAAAUUCUUUCUCUUGCUAAAGUGGAGGUGUAUCAGGCAGAGGAUUUGGCAUUAAGAGGACGAGCUGUACAGUCAUCCACAGGAUAUGGUUGGGAAGCAUCAAACGCCAUUGACAAUUUACCCUUCACCUGCACCCAUACUGACACAUCUGAUAACCCCUGGUGGAGACUGGAUCUUCUGGAUUCUUAUUACAUCUCUAGAGUCGUCAUCACUAACAGAAAAGACUGCGGUGCGGAGCGACUCAACGGAGCAGAAAUUCGUAUCGGAAACUCUUUGGAAAACAACGGGAACAAUAAUCCUAGAUUUGCUGUGCUGAAUGGUGUGGCAGCGGGUCAGUCUGUGUCUGUGUCCUGUCACAAUAUGAACGGACGAUAUGUGAACGUCAUCAUACCUGGAAGUUCAAAAAUUCUUUCUCUUGCUAAAGUGGAGGUGUAUCAGGCAGAGGAUUUGGCAUUAAGAGGACGGGCUGUGCAGUCAUCCACAGGAUAUGGUUGGGAAGCAUCAAAUGCCAUUGACAAUUCACCCUUCACCUGCACCCAUACUGACACAUCUGAUAACCCCUGGUGGAGACUGGAUCUUCUGGAUUCUUACUACAUCUCUACAGUCGUCAUCACUAACAGAAAAGACUGCGGUGCGGAGCGACUCAAUGGAGCAGAAGUUCGUAUCGGAAACUCUUUGGAAAACAACGGCAACAAUAAUCCCAGAUAUGCUGUGCUGAAUGGUGUGGCAGCGGGUCAGUCUGUGUCUGUGUCCUGUCACAAUAUGAACGGACGAUAUGUGAACGUCAUCAUACCUGGACGUUCAAAAAUUCUUUCUCUUGCUAAAGUGGAGGUGUAUCAGGCAGAGGAUUUGGCAUUAAGAGGACGGGCUGUACAGUCAUCCACAGGAUAUGGUUGGGUUGCAUCAAAUGCCAUUGACAAUUCACCCUUAACCUGCACCCAUACUGACACAUCUGAUAACCCCUGGUGGAGACUGGAUCUUCUGGAUUCUUACUACAUCUCUACAGUCGUCAUCACAAACAGAAAAGACUGCGGUGCGGAGCGACUCAACGGAGCAGAAAUUCGUAUCGGAAACUCUUUGGAAAACAACGGGAACAAUAAUCCUAGAUAUGCUGUGCUGAAUGGUGUUGCAGCAGGUCAGUCUGUGUCUGUGUCCGGUCACAAUAUGAACGGGCGAUAUGUGAACGUCAUCAUACCUGGAAGUUCAAAAAUUCUUUCUCUUGCUAAAGUGGAGGUAUAUAAGGCAGAGGAUUUGGCAUUAAGAGGACGGGCUGUACAGUCAUCCACAGGAUACGGUUGGGAAGCAUCAAACGCCAUUGACAAUUUACCCUUCACAUGCACCCAUACUGACACAUCUGAUAACCCCUGGUGGAGACUGGAUCUUUUGGAUUCUUACUACAUCUCUACAGUCGUCAUCACUAACAGAAAAGACUGCGGUGCGGAGCGACUCAACGGAGCAGAAAUUCGUAUCGGAAACUCUUUGGAAAACAACGGAAACAAUAAUCCCAGAUAUGCUGUGUUGAAUGGUGUUGCAGCGGGUCAGUCUGUGUCUGUGUCCUGUCACAAUACAAAUGGACGAUAUGUGAACGUCAUCAUACCUGGACGUUCAAAAAUUCUUUCUCUUGCUAAAGUGGAGGUGUAUCAGGCAGAGGAUUUGGCAUUAAGAGGACGGGCUGUACAGUCAUCCACAGGAUAUGGUUGGGAAGCAUCAAAUGCCAUUGACAAUUUACCCUUCACCUGCACCCAUACAGACACAUCUGAUAACCCCUGGUGGAGACUGGAUCUUCUGGAUUCUUAUUACAUCUCUACAGUCGUCAUCACUAAUAGAAAAGACUGUUGUGCGGAGCGACUCAAUGGAGCAGAAAUUCGUAUUGGAAACUCUUUAAAAAAUAAUGGCAACAAUAAUCCCAGAUAUGCUGUGCUGAAUGGUGUGGCAGCGGGUCAGUCUGUGUCUGUGUCCUGUCACAAUAUAAACGGACGAUAUGUGAACGUCAUCAUACCUGGACGUUCAAAAAUUCUUUCUCUUGCCAAAGUGGAGGUGUAUCAGGCAGAGGAUUUGGCAUUAAGAGGACGGGCUGUACAGUCAUCCACAGGAUAUGGUUGGGUAGCAUCAAAUGCCAUUGACAAUUUACCCUUCACCUGCACCCAUACAGAAGCAUCUAGUAACCCCUGGUGGAGACUGGAUCUUUUGGAUUCUUACUACAUCUCUACAGUCGUCAUCACUAACAGAAAAGACUGCUGUGCGGAGCGACUCAACGGAGCAGAAAUUCGUAUUGGAAACUCUCUAAAAAACAAUGGCAACAAUAAUCCCAGAUGUGCUGUGCUGAAUGGUGUUGCAGCGGGUCAGGCUGUGUCUGUGUCCUGUCACAAUAUGAACGGACGAUAUGUGAACGUCAUCAUACCUGGAAGUUCAAAAAUUCUUUCUCUUGCUAAAGUGGAGGUGUAUAAGGCAGAGAAUUUGGCAUUAAGAGGACGGGCUGUACAAUCAUCCACAGGAUAUGGUUGGGAAGCAUCAAAUGCCAUUGACAAUUCACCCUUAACCUGCACCCAUACUGACACAUCUGAUAACCCCUGGUGGAGACUGGAUCUUCUGGAUUCUUACUACAUCUCUACAGUCGUCAUCACUAACAGAAAAGACUGCUGUGCGGAUCGACUCGACGGAGCAGAAAUUCGUAUUGGAAACUCUUUGGAAAACAACGGCAACAAUAAUCCCAGAUGUGCUAUGCUGGAUGGUGUGGCAGCGGGUCAGUCUGUGUCUGUGUCCUGUGACAAUAUGAACGGACGAUAUGUGAACGUCAUCAUACCUGGAAGUGCAAAAAUUCUUUCUCUUGCUCAAGUGGAGGUGUAUAAAGCAGAGGAUUUGGCAUUAAGAGGACGGGCUGUACAGUCAUCCACAGGAUAUGGUUGGGAAGCAUCAAAUGCCAUUGACAAUUCACCCUUAACCUGCACCCAUACUGACACAUCUGAUAACCCCUGGUGGAGACUGGAUCUUCUGGAUUCUUACUACAUCUCUACAGUCGUCAUCACAAACAGAGGAGACUGCUGUGCGGAGCGACUCAACGGAGCAGAAAUUCGUAUAGGGAACUCUUUGGAAAACAACGGCAACAAUAAUACCAGAUUUGCUGUGCUGAAUGGUGUUGCAGCGGGUCAGUCUGUGUCUGUGAAAUGUCACAAUAUAAACGGACGAUAUGUGAACGUCAUCAUACCUGGAAGUUCAAAAAUUCUUUCACUUGCUAAAGUGGAGGUGUAUCAGGCAGGAACAGGCGUUCUUAGGGGCUAAUCACACCAAACGCGCUUCAUACCACUGCUAUGCGGACGACACUCAACUCCACUUGUCGUUCCACCCUGAUGAUCCCACGGUUUCUGCCUGCAUCUCGGCAUGCCUGAGGGACAUCUCACUCUGAAUGAAGGAUCACCAUCUCCAGCUUAACCUAGCGAAGACAGAACUGUUUGUCAUAUCAUCUGAACCAAAGAUUCAGCACAACCUUUUCAUUCAGCUAGGUUCUUCCACCAUCUUGCCUUCCAGGACGGCCAAAAACCUGGGAGUGGUCAUUAAUGAUCAGCUUAGCUUCACUGAGCAUGUUGCCAGCACUGCUCGCUCUUGUAGAUUCAUCCUCUACAAUAUUAGGAAAAUUAGACCUUUCCUAAAUGAGCAUGCUACGCAGGUCCUAGUCAAAGCUCUUGUACUGUCCAGGCUGGACUACUGCAAUGCGCUACUGGCUGGGCUUCCAUAUAAUUCUAAUAUCUUUAAUAUGAACCCAUGUUAAAGCACCACCAAACAAACAAACACCAUUUGUUUGUUUAGUAUUUUGAUGGAUACUACCUUAGAUCCUCACAUGCGGAAUGUUUUUAUUUUUGUGUUUUUUAGUUUAUUUCUAAUCCUUUAUUUACAUAAUCAUUUUAUAAUCAUUAGUUAUCCAUAUGACUUUUGUCCAUAUGAUGUUUCAAUACUAAUAUUAUUAUUAUCAAUUUCAUUAUUAUCACUUUUAUCAUUUAUAUUAUUGUUUAUUCAUUUAUUAACUCAUUCAUUAGAUUAUUUAUAUGUGUUAUUGAUUUCAUUAUUGUUCAAUCUCAUGUUUCAUGAGCUGUCCUGUCUGUGUAAACAGAGAUAGAUAAAGAGAAUGUUUAUGGAAGCCCAAGGUUUAUGGGAUGUUACUGUUAAGCCAUUUUGGUUGAACAAUUCAUGUUGAAUUUAUACUCGGCAGAUGAAGUUUCAACAUGUAGACUUAUGCAACUGAGAUUAUUCAAUAAAACUCUGUUCCUAUUUACCAUCAUAUAA